AUAAUGUAGAUAUAUGCGCGCGCAUUACGACAUAUAGUUAAAGUACAUCUUAUAUUAUCGUUGUGCACAAUAAUAUCGUCUGCGGUUAUUGUUUUUUCUGUCUGAAACUUACUAUUCACAACCGACUGUGAACCGCAUGCGUAUAUACCUAAGAUAAAUAUAAUAAUAUUGUUUCAUCCAUAAAACAGUGUACCGUUCCGUUAUCUAAAACACCAGCGCACCCCUUCAGGUCUCUCUUGCACACAAAAUAAUUGUAUUGUUAUUAUUUGUACUGUAUCAUAUUAUUGUUCACAAACAAUAACACUAAGAGUAUAGCACCGCCGCGAUGGCCGAGACCCCGUGUUUCUUCGGACUGACGACCGUCCGUGUGGGCGCACGCAUCGUGGCUUAUUUACAAUUUUGGUCAGAAUUGUUUUUUGCCGUGCUACUGAUAUUAAAAUAUUUUAAUGAAUGGUCAGGCACAGCCGAGAGUACGACUGACGCAAACAAUAGUUCGUCCGAAAAUGAAACAUCGUCACCAUUAAAAUAUUAUAACGAACUGGAUUUCGAUAGAUCAAUCUUUUCAAAGCUGUUGGAUGCAAUACUAGUUAUGUAUGCUAGUUACUAUUUGAAAAUAGCCACAUACAGUCAUAAUUUGAUGUACCUGAAUUUUUGGAUGAUAUUAAAUAGUCUCUAUUUUCUCACAUCAAUAGCGUUUGUAAUUUUCGCUUCGUUGAGAGUUGGAAAUUUUGGAAUAUUUCUCGCAGGAUUAAUUGGAAUCUUAAUAAAAAGCUAUGAACUAUACGUCGUCUUUCAAUUUUACUCGGACGAAAUAUUAUCAACCUCAGUCGACAAUAACCAAAACCCGUCGAGCAAUGGAGAUCAGUCGUUACCUCGAAGUCAUACAACUGUGGAAAUCGGAACAGAAACAAUCAGUACAAAUUAUAAUCAGAAUACUUUGGAUGUAAAAAAUAUUACUUAAACCAAUUAAAGAUACGACUUAAAAUCACUUAAAACUUUAAACCUUUCGAACUCGUUGUGAUUUAAUAAUAAUAUAAUGUGAUAACCAGAAACACUGAGGUCGAAAUUAUUACACACCAAUAUAACAUAUUGUAUUUUAUUUAUUAACUGUAUUAUAAUUUAUAAAUUUAUAAUA